GACUUUGAUGUGUGGAACGCGCGCAUGCGCACAAGUUUCGUGUGGCUGAGCACGUGUAUUCAGAGUGCAUACAUCAUAUUUCGUUUUGUUGCAUGUAAUUGUAUAGUGAUUGUUUAGUGAGCAAAUAUCUUACACAAUAACGAUUCAAUGACGAUUCAAGAUAUGGAUAUUUGUUUAAAUGUUACUGCAGAUCCUGUUCCAGGGAAAAAGAAGAAACAGUGGAAGGUUGCGCAUUUUGAUACCUCAAUUAAAAGGCUGAAAAAUCAAUCCUUACAAAAGAAAGGUGUAGUAAUAAACAAGGAAGAAUCAAAGAGAAAUGCAAGCACGCAAGAGACAGGAAGUAAAAAGAGAGUCAAACAGAAAUCAUUAUCAGCUAUUUUUGCAAAGAAAUUGAGAGGAACAAACGCUGUUACUCAGAAUGUACAGCAAUCCAUGCGACCGCAAGUGUCACAAGCUAAGGAUGUAACAACGAAGGUCGCAGAGCCAAAAAAAAUUGAACAACCUGAUGUGACAAGUAAGAAAGAUUCAAACUCUGAUAAAGUUUCGUCUACUGUUAGUUUUGCUACCUCAAAUGAAUCGAUUGUCUCCUUUACGAAGGCAACGAAAGAGCAACUUGGUAAAACACUGUUGGCGAAAAAGAGAGAUGCUUCAGGAAGUAAGCAAAAGAAAUCUCUUUCUGAUAUAUUCUCAAAUCAGAUCAAAUCAGAUCAACUGAAGAGUCAGACUGAGUCAAAUAUCCCAAAUGUGACACAGAAACAUGACAUUGAUAGAGAUAGUGAGUCGAAUAAGGUAUUCAAUGUGUCUCCUGAAAAGGAAUCAUUUCCCUCAAACAAGACAAAAAGAAUAGAUUUGAAUAAGAAAAGGAAGCAAACACAUAAAGAAAAUACUGCAAACAUUGACAAGGAAUCAAAUGAAACUUCAAAAUCAGCGCACAAAGCUGGUGGAAAAAGUUCCUCAUUAUUUAGUAAUAAUCCUGAUGUACCAAUCAUCGGUCAAAGAUUCGUUAAACCUGUAAAUGAACCAGUUUUUACGGAGAUCACCUUUGCAGAUCUCAAUAUUCAUCCAUUUAUGAUAUCAAAUUUAGAGCAGAAUAUGCACAUCUCAAAGAUGACAACGGUUCAACAAAAAGCGAUCCCGCAAAUAUUCUCCAAUAAAGACAUUUUAAUCAGAUCGCAGACGGGAUCUGGCAAAACAUUGGCAUAUGCUUUACCUAUUGUUGAACUGUUACACAAAAUUAGACCAAAAUUGAAUAGAAACAGUGGCUUAUCAGCUCUCGUGAUUGUACCAACGAGAGAACUAGCCUUACAGACAUACGAGUGUUUUAUAAAAUUGGUAAAACCUUUUACGUGGAUCGUACCGGGUUAUUUAGUUGGUGGAGAAAAGAGAAAAGCAGAAAAAGCUCGAUUAAGAAAGGGAUGUAAUAUAUUGAUAGCUACCCCUGGUAGAUUAUUAGAUCACAUAAAGCGCACGAAAGCAUUGAAAUUGAAUAACGUUAAAUAUCUUAUACUAGACGAAGCCGAUAGGAUGCUCGACAUGGGAUACGAAAAAGACAUUUCCGAGAUAGUAAGCGUUCUGAAAAUGUCAAGUCACGACGAAUCUGAAUACAAUCCUAUGAAAAUGCUCAAGCAGAAUACUAAGAAAAUAUUUUCCGAGGACGAAAUUAAAGCUAUUGCAAAGGAUGAUGUGACAUAUUAUGAUGAAAUAGCAGAAAGUAAUAGUAAUAAAAAGAAACGGGUAUAUCAUUCAAGUGAUGAUGAUGAUAGCGACAAUCAAAUCGCUGACACCGUUCCAGCGAUAAAAACGCAAAAAGAUACGAAACAUUCGGGCGUGAAUCAAGAAUCUGAUUCAAAAGCGGAAAACACUGAGCAGCAUUGCGAAAUCGAAUCAGACCAAUCGAAACGACAGACAAUUUUAUUAUCCGCGACGUUGACGCAAGCCGUGGAAAAAUUGGCUGGUCUCACGAUGCACAAUCCAGUGUUCGUUGAUGCAGCUAAGGAAAAUUUACAAAUGACUGGAGGAGAUGCUAGCGAAAUUAACGAAGACUUAAUAGUCCCGCAAAGCGUAAUUCAGAGUUACAUAGUCACUCCGCCCAAAUUGAGAAUGGUCACUCUGAGCGCUUACAUCGCCGGGCAAUGCCAGUCUCCCGGGCAACAUAAAAUACUGAUUUUCAUGGCUACGCAAGACAUGGUAGACUAUCACACCGAAAUAUUGUCCUCCGUCCUUACGAAACCGAUGGACGAAAAUGACGAAGACUCCGAUCCGUUAGUUGACGUAGAAUUUUUCAAGCUGCACGGUAACAUGAUGCAAAAGGAGAGGACAGAGGUUUUCAGAACUUUCAGACAAGCGAAGAGUGGAGUGCUUCUGUGCACGGAUGUCGCAGCGCGAGGAUUAGAUAUGCCGAAGGUAGAUUGUGUCAUUCAGUACACGGGUCCGAUCUCGGCUAGGGAUCACGUUCAUCGAAUCGGUAGAACUGCACGCGCCGGAUGUUCCGGCACAGCGACGAUCUUCCUGACGCCGCCGGAAAUCGAGUUCGUACGAAUGCUCGAGUCGAGGCGCAUCAGGAUUCAGCAGCAAGACAUGAAUAAUGUCCUGGAUAAGCUGUUGGGACCCUUGUCCAAGUACAGCUCCGUACAAGCAGCGGCUGUCGCUCUCCAAAAUGAUUUCGAGAAUCUGGUGGUGGAGGACCAGCACCUCAGGGAGCAGGCCUGUAAAGCGUACACCUCUUGGAUACGUUUCUACUCGAGUUAUCCGCGCGAUAUGCGCGAGGUAUUCGAUCGAAAGGAGCUUCAUCUGGGUCAUUACGCCAAAAGCUUCGCGUUGCGGGAACCACCACAGCGAAUCGCCGGGAUCAACAAGAAAAUGCGUGAGAAGGAAAGCUCAGGGCCCAGGCGCGAUAACCGGCUCUCCAAUAAGCCGUCCGACAGGGUGCCGCAAAAGGAACAGACGAGCCAAGGUGGUGGCGCGAAGAAACCGGGGUUGCUGAAGAGGGUCAGGAUGCUCAACACCUCCGAGUAUGACAGUGGCUUGGAACCCUUGAAGAAAUUAAAGAAGUAAUCCGAUUGAUUUCUGAUCGACCAGCUCGAUACAUUGCAAACAAACUGCGAUCUCACAUCAGCAGUUCCUUGUAAAUACUUUUAAUCCAAACAUGCAUCGAGUGUUUUGCAUUGUUUUAUUAAAUAUUUAUCAGAUAUUUUAAGCCGACUUGUACUCAUUUGUUAUUUUAUAUUUGCCCAUAUUUUGUUACUAUAAUAUUUUCUUAAUGCACCUUAAUACAAUUGCUCCAUUUUCUUUGCAUCGUUUAAAUACAGGAAUAUUUGUUUUGCUAUUUUGUAUAUUUUCGAAAGCAUUACCUUGUAAUAAGUUUCUUCAAUCGUGAGUCUCCAUAUAAAGGUAACACGCUCGAAACUUGAUUCCAUAAAAACUUUUAUGACGGUCAGACCUUUAUUUCACGUUAACCAUAAUUUUCAUUUCAGUAUGCAUUUGCGAUUACGAGAUAAUCGUUUAAUAUCGGUCUCGUAAUGUUCGCCAGUUUUCCCGCGAUUGCUACUAAUCAGUGGCAAAUACGCUGCGGCAAAAUGCAGUACGACGGCAAAUGUCGGGUUUAGGGAAAUUAAGUGCAACGAUAUCGCGGCUAAUCGCACAGCGCGGGGCCUCGCCGAGUGUGCUUUCGCGGUCACGAGAUUGCGCAACGUUUAAGCUCCCUUUUCGCUGCCGGCUCCGCUUAUCUCGUUCUCCUCACGAUAAUUAGCAAUCGCCUUCUGAUAGUACGUACUUACAAAACCACCACUUCGCCGGCGUCAUAACGAUAUCACGCUAAUUGCGCUUUCGUUUCCACUCGAGCACACCUACGUGGUCACGAAAUUGCAGCUCGCGCAAUUAUUAGAACCAAAUCUAGCUUACGAACGAAAAUAGUCAACCACGCGUGAUACAUCAUCAUUAAAAAUCGCUUAUUAUAAUACUCUGCAAAUAUAUAUAAAUUUAUAACUA